AUGACCAUUCCCAGAAGAUGGCAACCACAUCCCGUGGAUAAGAAGACAACUUUGUCGGAUUGGUGGCUAUUCAGACUCGCAUCAACCAGUAUCGCAAGCAUAUUCAACAACAAGGCGGUGAACGGCAAGGACACACCAGAAUCCGGAGAGGACAUCGAGAUGCAAGAAGUCACUCUCGACUCCAACGAUCACGACACGUGCGAAAGCGAAUCGAGACCAAGAAGAAGCCAGCAGGGUACCGAGAGCAACUUUCAAGCAAGUACUGCCCCUUCGCGAGACGCAAACAGACAGUUUACUCACGGCCAUUUCAGACUUUUGAGUAUCUGA